AAAAAUAAAAAAUUGCACGUGACGGCACUAGGAAACGAAACGAGACGACGAAAUCUGCCCCUUUUCUUACCUCCGUUUAUAGCUUCUUCUCACUGAAUCUACGUUACCGGCUAUUGAAUUUUCGGCGAUAGGAACUUCGGUGCUGACGAUAUUAGCGGUUAAUUCUGGACCCAAGCACCUGCCGAUUCCGCUCCAAAGUGUUACUCUAUUGUUUCGACAUUUUUCGGCAUCGGUGGACAAGUCAGCUAUUUCCGAUAUCGUAUCGGAAGUUUCCCUCUGAAGUAUUAACCUUUCAUGGUGGAGACUCGAGCUUUUUGGGACUUUGAUGGCUCUACAAUACAAAGAGAACCAAAGUUUGGCUCCUCCCCGAGCUACUGAUCCUGGAUGGGCCCAUGGAACUAUGGUGAAUGGUGGUCGACAAAAAAUCAAGUGCAAAUACUGUCAUAAAAUUUUUCUUGGAGGGGGAAUUUCCAGAUUGAAGCAACAUUUGGCUGGAGAAAGAGGGAAUGUAGCUCCAUGUGAGGAUGUACCUGAAUAUGUUAAGGUUCAGAUUCAACAACACUUAGGUUUCAAGGUUUUGGAGAAGUUAAAAAAGCAAAAAGAAGCAAACGGCACUAAGACUUCCCAUAUGUCUUACUUGCAAGAUAGAGAAGGAGAUGAUGAUGAAGAUUUAGGGCCACUGAAGAAGAUGGCUAGCAGGAGAAGGGGUAAAAAUAUUUUGGAAGGGACAUCAAAUCGAACAAAGAGACGCAAGAGGCAAAAUUUUGUUGCUUCUCGAAAUAUGCGCCAGAGUUUUGGUUCCCAAGAGAACAUAGAGCUGGCUGAUGUUGCUGUUGCUAGAUUCUUUUAUGAAGCUGGCAUACCAUUCACUGCAGCAAAUUCAUAUUAUUUCCAGAAGAUGGCUGAUAGUAUUGCUGCUGUUGGCCCUGGUUAUAAGAUGCCUUCUUAUAAUUCUUUGACGGGUAAAUUAUUGAACAGAGGUAUUCAGGAAGCAAGGGACUAUUCUGCAGAACUGAGGAAGUCCUGGGAAGUGACUGGGUGUUCACUGUUAGUUGAUAGGUGGGUGGAUGGAUUUGAUCGCACAGUGAUAAACUUUUUUGUUUAUUGUCCCAAGGGUACCGUGUUCCUCAAAUCUGUGGAUGCAUCAGAUGUCACAAAAUCUGCUGAAGCACUCCUUAGCAUAUUUGAUAGUGUUGUUCAAGAAGUUGGACCCAAAAACGUUGUCAAUUUUGUGACUGAUACUUCUCCCAGUUACAAAACUGCCGGAAAACUCUUAGCCGAGAAAUACAAGACCUUUUUCUGCAGCACCUGUGGAGCACACUGCAUUGACCUAAUGCUUGAAGAAAUUGGAGAAAGUGAUGAAGUUAAAGAUGUUUUAGCAAAGGCUAAAAGGAUAACACAGUUCAUAUAUAACAAUGGUUGGGUCCUCAAUUUGAUGAGAAAGAGAACAGGUGGAAGAGAUAUUAUCCAGCUUGCAAGAACAAGGUUUGCUUCUAUCUUUUUAACACUGCAAACCAUUGUAUCUUUCAGGGAACAUCUGCACCAAAUGUUUACCAGUGCCUCUUGGAUGCAGUCUUCUUUUUCUAAGCAAAGAGCAGGAAUUGAGGUUGCCGAAAUUUUGGUGGACCCACUUUUCUGGUCUCUAUGUGAUCAAACUUUGAAUGUUGCAAAGCCCCUACUUUCUGCUUUACAAUUUAUGGACUGUCCAGAUAAACCGCCUGUGGGAUAUAUAUAUGAUGUGAUGGAAAAGGCAAAAAAAAGCAUUAAUGUUGCAUUCAAUGACAAGGAAUUAAAUUACAUAUCUCACUUGAAGGUCAUUGAUCAUGUUUGGCAAGAGGAAUUCCAUAGUCCUCUUCAUGCAGCUGCACACUAUCUCAACCCAUCUGUAUUCUAUCAACCCAGUUUCUCAUCCAACAAAAUCAUCCAAAAAGGUUUACUUGAUUGCAUAGAAACCUUAGAGCCUAAUUUGUCUGCCCAAGUCAUGAUUACGAGCCAGAUAAAAUGUUAUGAGGAAGCUGUGGGGGAUUUUGGUCGACCUGUGGCAUUACGUGGUCGAGAGUCAUUAGCCCCAGCUACUUGGUGGUCGCUUUAUGCAGUUGAUUACCCUGAGCUGCAGCGGUUAGCUAUAAGGAUAUUAAGUCAAACCUGCAGCAUCAUCCGAUGUGAGAGGAGAUGGAACUUGUUCGAGCAUGUCCUUUCAAAGAAGAGAAACCGGUUGGAGCAGCAAAGGUUGAACGACCUCUUAUUUAUUCAUUAUAACUUGUACCUUAAGGAGAGGCCAAUAGAAACAACUAAGUCCUGGCGCACAAGAGGUACCCUUGAUUCUGUAUGCUUGGAGGCUGUUGAUGUGAACAUGGCAGAUUGGGUGGAGGACUUGGGAACCAUGGAGGGUGAGGAUCUCAGUUGGAUGGAUGUAACAGUUCCCCAUGAAAGAGCCUGUGGGAUUCGCCAAGGGAAUGACAUGGAUGAUUCUAAUGACAGUACUGAUGAUAGGAGCAGUGAUCUGACAAAAGGUAGUUGACAAAGGUUUUCUGCUGCUAAAGUGAAACCCAUUUAAAGCAUUGGAAUGAGAAAGUUGUGACUCCUUGUCUACUUGCAACUGGCAAAAAGUAUUCUGUUGCAGCUUUCUAUUGCCGUAACGAGGAAAUGUCUAAAGACAAAAUUUGGGGAGAGCAAAUAACAUAAUUGGAAAAUAAGAAUUAUUGUUGGCGAAGCGAUGAGAGAAGCACAUCUUGCAGGGAGCUGUCUCUCUUCAUGGCUGCUUUGAACUCAUCAAAGGUAACUUUUCCAUCACUAUUGGCAUCCAUCCGGUCAAAUAUUUCGUCCAGUUUUCCAGGUUCUGUUAUAUCUGCUGGAAGGCAAUCUUCUGGCAAAGCCUGCUUAAGCAAAGUUAAUGUCAACAACCCAUUUCUCAUAGCAGUAAAAAAAUACAAAGCUGCACAAAGAGUAAAGAAACUGGCGUUACCCUCAGCAGGGACGCUACUUCUUCCUUAGUGAUGCAUCCAGAUCUGUCUGUAUCAUACAUCUAUAGGCAAUACGUGCAAAUUAGUUGGAUCUGUUGUAGUUGAAAAAUUUUAUUGUAUCAUGUUUACGAGGACUAUGUCUGGAUGGUGUAUUAAAUUGUGAUUAUAGAAAUUGAAUGAAAAAAACUUUUUGUAACUUA